UAAGAAAACACUGCUAUUGCUUUUCACAAUCGACUACGUUGUGGGUAUUUUCUUCUCUCGUUUCUGAAAAUGUAAAGUACAAGAAAAGCAAAUGACCGUAAAAGUCUAAAACGUUGAAGCGACUAGUAACUUUUUCCUCCUGGGGCAUCGAUCAGCCCGUUCGAGAGACGAGGUUGGAUGAUUCAUAAAAAUAAUUGAUUUCAAAAUUAGUUGCGCAUUCCGCGCGAUAAAUCUUCCUCUGACAGGCUCGUUGCCAACGUUGCCCACACUUGAACCAAAAAGACCAUGUUCGUUAAUGACUGUUCAAAAAAUCUAACGUUCGCGAAGUAAAUUAUGGUUUCUCAUCGUCCGUUUCGUUCUGUGUCGUUUCCAUGAAAUUCUCAUCUAUCACGUUCCACCUAGAAAUCCAGUGUGGUGCACGAUCUCGGCGUUCACACCGAGAUAAAUCUCAGUUCCGUGAAAAUCUCGUGGAGGGUUAAUAAUCGAGAAGUGGUGUGUAGUGGGGAAAAGUGGGGAUUCGCGGCGCGGUGCGGUGGCCGGAGUGGGAGGAUCAGGGGCGCGAAAAUCACUACAGAGAAAUCAAGUCGCUCCAGUUUUGCUAAUAAGGCCGCCGUCGCUAAUUGCUUUUCGUCACGGCAGCUGGUCCCUUAUCGUGUGAAAGUAAUCGUCACAGCUCUCGAUAACGAAGAUCGUGGAAGAGCGCACUGCCGAAGAUAGAUUCUCAGCCUGAGCGAAUGUUACUUCGCGGGCAAGGGCGCGGCCUUGGUUUUACCUCCGAACGAAAGGGCCAGACCGUCGAGAAAGGUUUCCGCAGCAGGAUGCGACAUUCAACAGCACCUGCAAUCUAUGUUUUAUCUGCUCAGACCGGAGGAAACCCUCAAAAUGGCGGUGAAACUGGAGUCAGUGCAUCCAGGAAGGACGAGAUACCUGGUCGUAGUAUCCUGCACUGGAAGGCAGGAUGCGGAGGAGAGCUGCCUUCUUGGUAUCGAUUGUCACGCUAGGGCGACCGUUGGUCUUGUACUUCGGGUUCUGGCCGACACUGCCAUUACUCUCGACGGCGACGGAGGCUUCAGCGUCAGCGUCUGCGGUUCGCAGCACAUCUUCAAGCCAGUAUCGGUACAGGCGAUGUGGUCGGCCUUGCAGACGUUGCACAAAGUGUCGAGUAAGGCACGCGAACAGAACUACUUCCUGGGUGGGCUGUCACACGACUGGGUCAGUUACUAUGAGCAACGAAUCGAGAGCGAUCGCUCGUGUCUUAACGAGUGGCAUACUAUGGACAACCUGGAAUCUCGAAGACCACCGUCGCCGGACAGCGUACGCACCAAACCCAGAGAAAGGGACGAGACUGAGCGCGUGAUCCGAUCGACGUUGAAGGAGAUCAUGAUGUCCGUGGACCUCGACGAGGUAACCUCGAAGUACAUUCGAGGUCGUCUCGAGGAAGACCUCGACAUGGAUCUCGGGGAGUUUAAGCCAUUCAUCGAUCAGGAGAUGCUCACCAUUCUGGGUCAGAUGGACGCGCCGACUGAAAUAUUUGACCACGUUUAUCUAGGAAGCGAGUGGAACGCAAGCAACUUGGAGGAGCUCCAGAAGAAUGGUGUCAGGCAUAUCCUGAACGUAACUCGAGAGAUCGACAACUUCUUCCCCGGGAUGUUCACGUAUUUGAACGUACGCGUGUAUGACGACGAAAAGACCGAUCUGCUGAAGCACUGGGACGAUACGUUCAAAUACAUCACGAAGGCAAAGAAAGAAGGUUCGAAAGUGCUGGUGCACUGUAAAAUGGGAGUGUCGAGAUCUGCCUCGGUAGUGAUCGCGUACGCGAUGAAAGCGUAUAACUGGGACUUCUCUCAAGCCUGGAAGCACGUCAAAGAGAAACGGAACUGCAUCAAACCUAACAACAGCUUCCUGCUGCAACUGGAGACCUAUCAGGGUAUACUGGACGCGAUGAAAAACAAAGAGAAGCUUCAGAGGUCCAAGUCGGAUACGAACUUGAAGUCUCCUACGUCGACGAAAGAUCAGUCGAAGAAAGAGGAAAAGUCUGGCAACGUGGACAAUGAUUUGCAAACUGUAUCGGGCUUUGAAUUAAAAAAGACCAGCCAGAGGCCGAAAAGUUGGUCGCCGAAUGUGAAAAUUAGCGAAACCAUGUUGCCUUCUGUUCCUCUUUCGCAGUCCCUGGAAAGCAUCGAUAAGACAGGAAGCACGGAAGUGACCAGAGAAGAUCUGCUACGUUCCAACAACCAGAAGACCAGUAUGUCGCAAGAAGCUCGAAACGUUUUGAUGCCAUGUGGCAACGGACAAUCCUACAGCGUAUCUCAAAACAAAAUCGUCCACCUACCAGGUCCCUCGCCAGACACUCCGACCGUGAAGAAACGAAUUAGCAAGUUAGAAACGCAGCAGGGUCAAAGGAGGAAAGGAUUGGUGCUGAACCUGACGAAUCAAUUCGAAUCAGUCAGCAGCAAGCCAUCUUCUCCGAGUUCUGAUUCGGACGGCGGGAAACCGUUGCCACAGAGUCCUAUCUCUGAACUAAACGAGAACGGACUCGGUAUGCAGAAGCCUUCGUCGGAAGCUUCGUCUACGGUGGCAGUGAAGCAAAGCGUGUGGGAUCCCGGCGAGAAACAAAGCAAGAGAACGGAAGUCGGUAGUAAUAGUGAAUGUCUAGUCUGGACUGCAUCAUCGUCCGAUGCAACAUGUACCAAUUCGUGUAGUAACGCUAAGACUAACAGAGAAGUGAGUGCGGAGAGUGAGUGUAUCGCGACGACCGCGGCGACCACGACAACGACAACGACGACAGUGUAUCCUGGUACGUUAACGCGAAAGACCAAGAAGGACGGUGACCCGUUUAGUACUCACGUUGACCGAGUGUUCGAUCGUGAAGAAAGGCAAGGCGAGCCGGUUACGAGAGACUCUCCGAGCCGACAGAGCUCAUGGAGCAGUUACGACAGUGCCGUAGUCCUCGACAACAAUUCGGUGCACAGCUCCUGGGCCACGUUACCGUCGAGGAACAGUUCUUGGGGCUCGUACGACAUGCGGCCUUCGGAUCUGCUCGGACCCAGUGGCCUCUUCCCUUACGACAAGGAGGAGAUACCUUGGCACCCAGGCACAGUGAAACGUACCAAACAAAAGCUCGAGGAGAACACCAGCUCAGGGACGGUGAAACGCGUGUGCACGCAAAACUCCGACACAGAAGAGAAAGACAGAUUACCAGUUGAGGAAGAAUCGUACAAUCCGGUACUUCUUCACCAUACCGCGUCGCCAACGCCACGAAGGAGGGAUUCGUCGCCUAGCCAGGAACACGGUUUGAAAGUGGAUCCUGCUAGAAAUUCUCCAAGUCCUAUCAGAGGAAUAGAUAUCACACCAGCGUCGAUUCGUCAAAUUGGAAGACUAUCGACGAGCGCUCCGGCGCCAUCUUCUCUCUCUUCGGACUCGGACUUACCCCUAUCCUUGAGAUCCUGCAGGUCAGAGAGCGAAACAUCCAGCCCGUGCGUGGUCAACACUACUCAGUGUCUUUCGGUGAAGCAACACAAGAUGGUGUUGGAGAACCUGAGUAACAAAUCUAUAUUUAACAAACGUUGUCUGUCGGUAGACGACUCGCCAGACGCCGAGUGUCCACGAAGUACCUCCGGUAUCGUAAAGAAUCUCAAGAAGGAAUUCGAGGCGAAGUCGACGAAGCCGGAAAAGAGUCCGGAGAACAGCUUCGAGAACGACUCGCCGAUUACCGUCUGUCGACCGAAAAGGGACGUGAAGAUCAGAAGUUUGCCCUCCUCACCGGUGAUUCCCCACAACGAAUCGAAGAUUCAAGCCCCGUCCGAGAUCAAAGAGAAAGAGAAGUCGAGCGUCGACUCGAUGACGGCUGCUACACAGGACAACUUGGAAGACAGGUCGGUGAGAGUUUUGGUUGGUAAGUACGAGGUGAAGCCCGAGUCCAGGAAGUCCUCGGAGAUCCAGCUGCGUGUGCACAAAGACAAGGAUUGGGAGUCGAUGGACUCACAACACAGCAAUAAGUCGAAAAUUGGUGUAGAAUAUAGUAGGAGGUCUGCACCGAUCAUGAUUAACAAUCAUUCAUCUGCUCCUCUGUUCAAUGAAGCGCCGGAAGCACCUGGCAGGCCACCAGUCCCAUCGGCUGGUGUUGUGGCAGCUAGUAAGAAGCAGCAACAGCACGGCAGGACGCAUCCUCUUGCCAGGCUGCAGGUCAGGCCUAGGCACAGCAGUCCGGUAUACAACACCAUGUAAAAAAGGAAAAAAGAAAGGGAAACGUUUACGCGUUUAAUUGUUUCUCUCUCCCAUUGAGUCGAAUCUAAGCGCUCGUACCUGAAUGCAUGGGUAUGUUGCGUUGUCGUGGCCACGAUGUGAAACUGUGUGAUCUCUAUUUGAUGCCAACGAGUCGAGGAUCGUUUCUCUUCGAGCUCGACGACUAAAUCGACGGGGACACAGGAUUUUUCUAUAGAUUCGUUUCCCACCAUCUCUUCGAUGUACAAUUCUAAUCUUUGCGAGAACGUCCUAUACUAUGCUGUGCGACGAUACGACAGAGCACCCGUAUUUUUUCGAUGCUUCUUCAAACGGACACGGUGUACAAGCUUCUCGUAUCUAUCUGGCAAAGCCAUGCUUGUGUGUGUGUGUGUGUGUGCGUGCGUGCGUGCGUGAGAGAGAGAGAGUGCAAAAUCAUUUGCGAUGUUUUUGUGUUCGUUAGCUUUCGUGUUAUUGUUGGAGCAAAAUUUACACGGUUUGUAUUCUUUAAUUCCUGUACGAGCAAGUAUUAAUUAUUUGCGAUGUCAAAGAACAGCCCGAAUAAUAGCUUCCGAGAAACUACGUUUUGUCCAAAUUUUUAGGUAGAAAUUGAUGUGAAUUAGAAAUUAAUUGUAUUUAUCACCGCCAUCAUAUUUAAACGCUACAUAUUAUGUAUUCGUCCAGCAGAGUAUGUUCGCGUGGAAUAUUUAAUAAGCAGUUUGAUAAGCAGAUACAUAGUUGAUAAGCGAAGUGAAAAUGAAAAAGGUAGAAAGACAAAAGAGAAACGACCAGUUUCUACGUUGGUAUAGAUUUCAAGGGAUAUCGAAAAGAUACAAGUGCCUUGUCCUACCGUCAACGACUGUAUACAUAUAAUUGUAAAAAGGCACGUUCAAGGUCCUUCAACGUUUUAUGUUCCUUCUCCGUCAGACGUGUCCUUGGCCUGCUCUUAAUUAGUUCAAUUAUUUUUUAAGCUGGAAAUGCAACAAUUCUCGGAGGACGCGGAAAACACUGUUAUUCCUACGACGUGUCGUCACCUAAUAGACCUAAUAUGGGCUUGGAAUCAAACGUGAUGUGUUGUGCAUGCGGGGAUGUUGCGCAGAAGUUGGAGCCAGCGUAUUCUUGAAUCGUGACACAAGAUAGCGUCGGCUCCGGUCAGGCUGUGAACGAAAGGUCCGGGCCUCGCGUUAUGUACUAAAAUAUCGCUCUGACUCCUCCUUCUGCUGUCUACGUUGUGAUCGCCGAGGCGUAUGCAAGAUACAGAUUCUAUACAUAUAAAGAGACACACCUCGGAACGACGACGUGUAACGUUUAAGCUGUACUAUUUAGUAUUUUAGAGUGAACGAUGUGAUUAGAAUGGUGCACAGUAUGCGAGGAGAGACGAAAGUAGCAACCCCCUGCCCUCCACUCCCCUUUAUCCCGAGGGGAGCUGCCUCGAAUCGUUUGAACAAUUCGACCGGUUCUUCUACUCUCUUUAUACUCAUGUCAGUUUGUAUAUCGUGUGUAAAGCAUCGUCGCGUGAAUCCAAUUUCUUUCUUGUAUAUUUCA